GAACAACAAAGGUGUGCUCAUUGUGUUUCAAAGACUUGGAAUUUCCGAAGAAAGGUGAUCGUGUGAAGAUGAAGUAUCGAUACUUUACUUGCCGUGGAUGUGAACCAUUGCCAGAAGGAAAUAAACCACAUGGUCCCAUCGACUCACGAAAGAGUAAUCAUCUUUUGACGAAACAACGAAAACAUCGACCUCGUCCUGGACCACGUAUGGCAUCAAAAUUCCGACGCUACGAAGAAAAACGGACAAUUGGUCGUACUAUCACAUGGAAUCGUGAUACAAACGCCGGUCGCAAUAUACUCUACAAAGGACGGUGUGCUGUAAUGAAUGAAGAACUACACCCCGUAUUUCAAAGACCUACCAUUCAGAAUCAACAACCAAUACAAGGAAUAUCGCGUUCUAUCCAAGAUCAAGCACGAAACUCUCGGCCGUAAGCCCUGGGUAUUGUGCGGGAUGUCAUCGUGGUCUUAUUAUAGCUACUUUUAAGUAAUUGUUCUUGAUACAUAUGUUCGAUUGGUGUAUAAUAAAAAUUGUCCAAGUAUAAAUUCAAA